UUGAUUUAAAUAAAAAAAAGGUUCCUUAGCGAACCUGUUUUAAAGUGUGUUUUUCUGCUCUUUUAUACCUCAAAUCUUUUAUACGGAUUUUGCUUCACAAUCGCUUUUAUCUGUUUAAGUGAACUGAAGGACAGUGCGGGACUUUUAAAGGAAAAGAGGGUCUCAUACUCUCUGCAUUUCACAACUGAGCUAUUUUUGAACUCUUCCUCAUUGGGUGAUCCCAGGCUAAACUCUAAUCCCUUUGUCCAUAAGAGACACAAAGCAUUUUAAGGCUAAUGCAACUGGACCCAAGCUAAUGACAACAAAUAGCCCUGUCGGCCAGAUGACAGCAGCUGAGAACAAUACUUAAUGUUGACAUCACAUAUUCUAUUUCUGGUUUCUUCCUUUUAAAGUGUGCUCUUUAAAAUUACUAUCAUGUUUCCUGGACUAAGCAGAAAUAAAACUUGGGAAGCGGAGUUUCCCCGCGCGCAUUUCCAUCCUGCUCGGACUCUGGAAGAUUCUGCACACCUUUGCGAGAUGCCGCCCAAAAAGGUCGAACCAAAGAAGCCAGAGCCCAAAAAGCCAGAACCCAAGAAGGAAGCCGCUCCAGCGGCAAAGCCCGCCCCUCCUCCUCCACAGCCAGAGCCCGAGCCUCCCAAAGAGCCCGACUUUGACCCAAAAAGCAUUACCCUCGAGUACUCGGCCGACCAGAUUGAGGAGUUCAAGGAAGCUUUCACCUUGUUUGACCGCACACCGACAGGAGAAAUGAAGAUCACAUAUGCUCAAUGUGGAGAUAUGAUGCGGGCUCUGGGCCAGAACCCCACCAAUGCAGAGGUGAUGAAAGUGCUUGGGAAACCAAGGCCAGAGGAAAUGAAUACUAAAAUGUUGGACUUUGAGACGUUCUUGCCAAUGCUGCAGCACAUCUCCCGCUCCAAAAAUCAAGGCAACUUUGAAGAUUUCGUGGAAGGGCUGAGGGUGUUCGACAAGGAAGGCAAUGGCACUAUCAUGGGAGCAGAGCUGCGCCAUGUGCUAGCAACGCUCGGGGAGAGGAUGACUGAAGAUGAAGUGGACAGACUGAUGGCGGGGCAGGAGGAUGCCAACGGAUGCAUCAAUUACACCUCCUUCGUGAAGCAUAUUCUCUCUGGUUAGCAAGGACAGUCAAGUUACAAAGACUUCCACUUCCCUCCGUUUUAAUUAAACCCUGAUUUGACUAAUUAGAGGUGAGGUUGUCAUUUAAUCAGCGAUGUGUUCAUGCUGUAAAGCCUGAAGAUUGUAAUACAUGACUGAAAACCUCAACUACAAGACUUUUAAUUUUGAAAAUCAGGUGAAAUCCUGUAGACAUCAAAUUUAAUAAUAAAAAAAUAUUUAGAAGUUUUAAUAAAGUGUAUCUGAUUACAAAACGCCUCAAAUUAUCUGUUUAAUUUUCAAUUUAAAAAUAAUUGUUGAUUUCUGUCAUUGUUGCCAUAAAAAAAAUAAAAAUAAAAAAAAGGGCAGAAGCUACAGCUAAUUUUUUGAGUUAAUAAUAAUAUAAUUUCUGAUUGAAACUAUAAAUACAAGCUUCUUUAAGCAUAGCAAACAUACCAAAUGCAAAUUAACUGACAUAAAAGCAAUGAUAAUAAUAUUAUAAUAAUCUGUUCUAGCUCCGCCCCUCUUUUUAGGUGUUUUAAACGUUUCCUAUCCACUUCUCUAAUGUGGUUUUGCUCUAUUAUUGUAACCGAGAAAAAUGAGGAUUUGACUCAAUCUGAAAAUAAACCACUUGUGUUUUUCUUCUCUCCAGAAGGGCUUUAGUCUGCAGGUUUUUCUUUGUGGCGGUGGAGCAGCUGCUGUGGAUCAACAAAUAUUUUUGACCUACAUGCGCAAAGACGCACACCCACUUCUGACAACUAUAGAGCAGGUGCAACAACAAUAGGAGAGACAAUGAUUUGCGAUUGCUGUCCUAUAAUAAAUUUGCAUUAAGUGAAUAGCACAUUAAUAUUGUAAUGUUUUUUAUAGGUCCAUUUAUGAGUAAAGAAAAAAAAUAAAAUUAAAUGAAAAAAACUUGAGUAAAACUAAUGAAACAAUAAAUUGUGAAUUUUAUCCCGAUGGUAUUUUAAUUUCAAUUAUGGCAUUUUUAGACAACAUCAAAAAACCUUCUUUAACCUUAUUUAAGGUU